AAGGUUCCGGUAAAAGUCUUCUAAAGCUUCUCGUUUUGAAAGCAUUGGAACAGUCUCACCUGCUGGAGGUGGCGCGAGGUUGCCCUCUACUGGCGCCUCCGCAGUCACGUGAUCUCUGGCAACCGUUUACCUGGCGCUGCGUGACGUCACCGCGCACCGCGCAGGAAAAGGAACUGGCGCUCGUGAUGAGUUCAUAACUCUCUGCUAAACACAGUUACAAACCCUACUGCAAACUGUUGUUUAACACUGAUCCGGUGAUCUUAUACGCGUUAGAGCAUGUCUGCGUCAGCUGUGUUCGUGCUGGAUCUGAAGGGGAAGGUGCUGAUAUGCCGCAACUACAAAGGCGAUGUUGACAUGUCAGAGAUCGACCACUUCUUCACCCUGCUAAUGCAACAGGAAGAGGAGGGGCUUGUCUGCCCAGUGAUGUCACACGGCAACGUCCACUUCCUGUGGAUCAAACACAGCAAUCUGUACUUGGUGGCCACCACCAACAAGAACUCCAAUGCGUCUCUGGUCUACGCCUUCCUGUACAAGCUGGUGGAGGUGUUCACGGAGUACUUCAAGGAGCUGGAGGAGGAGAGCAUCCAGGAUAACUUCGUAGUGGUGUACGAGCUGUGUGCAUGCGUGCAUGUGUGUGUGUGUGCAGGAGACAAAGGGAAGUCUGUGGCUAUGGAGGAUGUGAAGUUUCAUCAGUGUGUUCGUCUGUCACGGUUCGAGAGUGACAGAACCAUCUCCUUCAUCCCGCCUGACGGAGAGUCUGAGCUCAUGUCGUACCGGAUCAACACACACGUGAAGCCGCUCAUUUGGAUCGAGUCGGUUAUUGAGAAGUUCUCUCACAGUCGGGUGGAGAUCAUGGUGAAGGCUAAAGGCCAGUUUAAAAAGCAGUCCGUGGCCAAUAAUGUGGAGAUCCGCGUGCCGGUGCCGAGCGAUGCCGACUCUCCCAAGUUCAAAACCAGCACAGGUCACGCUAAAUACGUUCCUGAGAAGAACCUGGUGGUGUGGAGCAUUAAAUCCUUCCCGGGUGGAAAGGAGUUUCUGAUGCGCGCUCACUUCGGUCUGCCGAGUGUAGAGAAUCACGAGCUGGAGGGAAGGCCUCCGAUCACCGUCAGGUUUGAGAUCCCGUACUUCACCGUGUCCGGCAUACAGGUGCGGUACAUGAAGAUCAUCGAGAAGAGCGGCUAUCAGGCGCUGCCGUGGGUCUGCUACAUCACACAGAGCGGAGAUUACCAGCUGAGGACGAACAGUUAAUGAGACGAGACGGAGAACUGCACAGCAAUUUUGUGGAAGAAGUUUAUUAAAUGUUUUUGUGUCUGUGUUAUUAGUUGGUUUUAUCCUGGCAGAAUUUCAUUAGAAAAAAAUUAUUGUAUAAAUCGUUGACGUUGAAUGUAAACACACUCAGCAUUUCAGUCAUUUUCAAAAGUGUUUUUUGCACGAAAUCAUGGAAUAUGUUGUCAAUCAUUUCUGUUUAAUUUUGCAAUAAAUUGAAUAUAUUUGUCCUGAAAAAAUUACUGAUAUAUAUCUAAAUAUGUUUAUUAUCAUGAGCGUGUCUUGGCACGAAAGCCCGCUCUUUUCCACACACACACACACACACUCUCACACACACACACACACUCUCUCUGUCUCUGUGAAUGAACCUGUUUUUAUACAGUCUAUGGAAUGAACGCAACAGUUUACAAAUAAACCUUCUCAAAUC